CGCUCUGCUCCCGUGCGCCCGGGUCCUAGCCCAGCUCAUCCUGGCCCCCCCCUGGGUCCCGCUCACGCCGGCCCCCGGCCCUGCCCUCGAGUGCCGCCUACGCCAAACCCCGGCUCUCUUCUGGAGCCCGGGUUCCGCUUGCGACCAGUCUUGCGAUGGCGUUUGUGGCCGCGAGACUGGUGCGUCGUUGGUGUUUAAGGUUGUUGGUUUCCCAGUAGUUCAGCUCCACACAAGCAGAACAAUGAGAGCCAGUCAGAAGGACUUUGAAAAUGCAAUGAAUCAGGUGAAACUCUUGAAGAAGGAUCCAGGAAAUGAAGUGAAGCUAAAACUCUAUGCACUGUAUAAGCAGGCCACAGAAGGACCUUGCAAUAUGCCCAAACCAGGAAUGCUUGAUUUCAUCAAUAAGGCCAAAUGGGAUGCAUGGAAUGCCAUUGGCAGCCUGCCCAAGGAAACUGCCAGGAAGAACUAUGUGGAUUUGGUGUCCAGUUUGAGUCCUUCAUCAGAAUCUUCAGGCCGAGUCGAUAAGGAGCCUGGAUCUGAAAGUGUUGUUAUAACCUCUGAAGACGGCAUCACAAAGAUCAUGUUAAAUCGGCCCGCCCAAAAAAAUGCCAUCACCAUUCAGAUGUAUCAAGAAAUUUUGUCUGCACUUGAAGCCACAAGCAAGGAUGAUAACUCAGUCAUAACUGUUUUAACAGGAAAUGGUGACUAUUACAGUAGUGGGAAUGAUCUGACUAACUUCACUAAUCUUCCUCCUGGUGGAAUAGAGGAGGUAGCUAAAACUGGUUCCAUUUUAUUGAGGGAUUUUGUAGACUGUUUUAUAGAUUUUCCGAAGCCUCUGAUUGCAGUGGUAAACGGUCCAGCAGUGGGAAUCGCAGUCACCCUUCUUGGGCUAUUUGAUGCUGUGUAUGCAUCAGACAGGGCAACAUUUCAUACUCCAUUUACUCAACUUGGCCAAACUGCAGAAGGAUGCUCCUCUUACACUUUUCCGAAGAUUAUGGGCCCAGCCAAGGCAAUUGAGAUGCUUAUCUUUGGAAAGAAGUUAACAGCACAUGAGGCAUGUGCUCAAGGCCUUGUUACUGAAGUUUUUCCUGAUAGCACUUUUCAGAAAGAAGUUUGGGCCAGACUGAAAGCAUAUGCAAAGCUCCCUCCAAAUGCCAUGAGAAUUUCCAAAGAGUUAAUCCGACAUAAUGAGAAAGAAAAGCUACAUGCUGUUAAUGCUGAAGAAUCCACCGCCCUCCAGGGAAGAUGGCUAUCAGAGGAAUGCAUGAAUGCAAUCAUAAAUUUCUUAUCCAGAAAAUCAAAACUGUGAUGACCACUACAGCAAGAGUAAGCGUGCCAAAGGAGGGGUGUGCCCUGAGUUCUGAUUCCCAGUCCUUAAGCUAAACCAACUAUGUUGUGCCUUUUCCAUUGCUAACACAUUAAUUAUGAUAAUGUUUCACCUACAGACCUGAUGAAGAAUAAAAACUUUCAUAAAACAAGCCUUAAGAACUCACAUUAAGUUUUUGACAUUAUAAAGUCUUACAUCUUUUGCCAUGAAUAGAUGUUGCCAGGAACACUGGAACAUUGUGCCUG